CACAAAUCCCACAGCCAGCAAUAUUGCGCCAAAAGUUGAUUUUCAAAGUCAACGACAAACCACUUCAGGAAUCGCCAUACAACAGCGUUCCAGUCAUGCCUACUCACCUUUCUAAAACCCGCAAGCAGUACGUUCCCCAUACUCUCCUUUCGACCUAUCCCCGUUUGCGCUCUGUCUGGAGGGACUAGAACGAAGCCAAGGGCUCUCCGCAACAAAAUUCGACCAGGCGACGACACGACACCAGAUCGAGCGAUUGUGGCGGGGGACCGCGAGAGACUGAACGGGCAUAUGCUAACGUAUCAAUUUUUACAGCCGCGGUCAUGUUUCCGCCGGAAAGGGUCGUGUAGGAAAGCACCGCAAGCAUCCCGGUGGUAGAGGUCUUGCUGGUGGACAGCAUCACCACAGAACAAACAUGGAUAAAUACCAUCCUGGUUACUUCGGAAAGGUCGGUAUGAGAUACUUCCACAAGCAAGGCAACCACUUCUGGAAGCCAGUUAUCAACUUGGACAAGGUACGUCAAUUUUACUUGGGAGUUUGGUAGAUCAGGAAGGGCGAGCGAGAUGAUGGGCUCAGAUGGGAGAAGAGGUUGAUUGAGAGGGCUGGGGCAUUUCAAUGAACGAGGAAAUAUUCUGUGGAUUACUAUACAUUGCAAUUGCUAAUUCGACUGAAUCAACAGCUCUGGUCCCUCGUACCUGUUGAGAAGCGCGACGAAUACCUAGCCGGCAAAAAGACAGACACCGUUCCAGUUCUCGACCUCCUCCCACUCGGAUACUCCAAAGUCCUCGGCAAGGGCAGAAUUCCAGAAGUCCCAUUAGUAGUCCGCGCAAGAUGGUUCAGCAAGGAGGCAGAGCGAAAGAUUACAGAGGCUGGUGGCGUUGUUGAGUUGGUUGCGUGAGCGUGGUAAAUUUUCUUCUCAGGAAUUGGGUUGGGAAAUGAUGUGCAUGAAUCGUGGACUGGCAAGAUGGGCAGAGGUAUCAUGCACCACAGUUAGUAUGAUUGGCUUGCUUCUACUAUCGGAGUUCAAUGAAUGAAAAAACACAAAACCAAAUCUCAAAAGCACAUGAGAUUUUUACAUGAAUAGUGUGACCUCAAUUUACUGUAUUAACUAUGUACGCUGCAAAGUGUUAGUGGUAUCUCAGAACUGCAAGAAGCAACAGCUGGACUAAUAUGUACAAGAACCCCUCUCUUCUCAAAAACGCCGCCCUCAUAAAACUCCGCUAUGAUUCCACCAGGAAACGCCUUAAAUAUAAUCAUUGGUUGGAUUGGAUAACAUCCAGAUCAUCAUCAUAUUCAGUCUCUGGUUCGUCUACUCUCAAGAAAUCGUGCUGAAGUGCUUCCUGGGCACUGAUUCGCUUAUUAGGGUCGAGCUCAAAGCACCGUUCAAGAAAUCUCAUAGCCAGCUUCUCUCCUGAACUCAAUGGUGUACCGGUUUCAGCGUCGUCACCGCUUCUUGACAAAGACCAUAAGAUAAUUUUUUCGAGUGUGAAUCCAUGAGAUCCAAUAGU